UAUUAUUCUAAAGCUGAAAGCUUUUCUUUUUUUCCUCUUCUCAAUUUUAUUCUAAUCAUUACCCAUUUGAUCCAUCUCCAUCCUCUGAUUUUUUAAGACAUUAAGCUUUCCUUCUGAUCCCUGUCUCUUUCUUUCUCUCCACCUCUGUUUCCACAUAUUCCAAGGUAGAAGAAAAAAACGUUUGUAACUUUCUGAUCGUCUCAUUAUUAAUCCAUUUACCCAUAACGACCCGCCUGAUUUGGCGCGAACCCAUUUGUGUUGGUUGUGGAUUCUGGUAAAACUAAUGACGACGACAAUGGAAGGGGUGAUGGAGAUAAGUAUGGUGGAUGACAUCAUAAGAAGAUUGUUAGAAGGCAAAGGAGGCAAACAAGUCCAGCUCUCAGAGAUCGAGAUCCGUCAACUUUGCGUGAACGCACGACAAAUCUUCCUCUCUCAGCCCAAUCUCCUCGACCUCCAUGCCCCCAUCCGCAUCUGCGGUGAUAUUCAUGGACAAUACCAAGACCUUCUUCGGCUGUUCGAAUACGGAGGCUACCCUCCUUCAGCGCACUACCUCUUCCUCGGAGACUACGUCGACCGAGGCAAGCAAAGCCUCGAAACCAUCUGCCUCCUCCUGGCCUACAAAAUCCGCUACCCGUCCAAGAUCUUUCUCCUGAGAGGCAACCACGAGGACGCCAAGAUCAACAGGAUCUACGGCUUCUACGACGAGUGCAAAAGGAGGUUCAACGUCAGGCUGUGGAAGAUAUUCACCGACUGCUUCAACUGCUUGCCUGUAUCUGCUCUCAUCGACGACAAGAUCUUGUGCAUGCACGGAGGGUUGUCUCCCGAGCUGGAGAAUCUGGAUCAGAUUAGGGAGAUCGAGAGGCCUACUGAGAUUCCGGACAAUGGUCUUCUUUGUGAUUUGCUUUGGUCUGAUCCUGAUCAGAAGAGUGAAGGAUGGUCUGAUAGCGACAGAGGUAUCUCAUGCACGUUUGGAGCUGAUGUAGUCGCUGAGUUCUUGGAUAAGAAUGAUCUUGACCUCAUUUGCCGUGGCCAUCAGGUAGUGGAAGAUGGGUAUGAGUUUUUUGCACAAAGGAGAUUAGUGACUAUAUUCUCAGCUCCGAACUAUGGUGGAGAGUUUGACAAUGCAGGUGCAUUAUUGAGUGUAGACCAAUCUCUUGUUUGCUCUUUUGAGAUUCUGAAACCUGCCCCAUCUUCAAGCGGUAUUCCUCUCAAGAAGGUACCUAAAAUGGGAAAGUCUUGAAAUGAAAUAAAGCUUUGCUCCCCUUUAAGCUAGGCUCUGUGCAUAUCUUCAAGAUGUAGGGUUAAACUGCAACGGAGAAGAGAAUCUCAAAGGCUUACUUUACUUUAGUAAUCAAAGAAGAAGCAUCUGUAAAAAAAAACAAAACCACAUUUUUAAAA